CAAGGACCUACAUACAGGCAGCUGAUGAUACUGCCGGCUGAUGCACUAUUCAUUUAAAAAUAUAAAUAAAGCAGUAUUUUGUCGCUGCAUACAAGCUCGGAUGGAACAGAUUAUGUUUUCUUUUAAUAUAGUCAGUUUAAUUUGACGAAUGUCUGUGGUAUUUAAGGAGGAAAUGUGUGGAUUUAUGGAGUCAAAGCGUUAAAUGAGGAUCAUGGCGUUUCCGGAGGGAGAAUCACUGGAAUCCUGGCUCAACAAAGCCACACACCCGACCAACAGGCAGGAGGACUGGGAAUACAUAAUCGGGUUUUGUGACCAGAUCAAUAAGGAGUUGGAAGGUCCUCAGAUAGCUGUGAGACUCUUGGUUCACAAAAUCCAUUCUCAAGAAUGGGAAGCCCUUCAAGCUCUGACGGUACUAGAGGCAUGUAUGAAAAACUGUGGGCGAAGAUUUCACAACGAAAUAGCCAGAUAUAGGUUUUUAAAUGAGCUGAUUAAAGUGGUUUCACCCAAGUAUAUGGGGGACAGUGUUUCUGACAAGGUGAAGAAUAAGAUCAUUGAGAUGCUGUACAGCUGGACGGUGGUGUUUCCCAAUGAGGCCAAGAUAGCAGACGCGUACCAGACGCUCAAGAGACAAGGACUUGUGAUGUCGGACCCAGAACUGACAGUGGACAAAACCCUGAUCCCGUCCCCUCCGACACGGCCCAAAAACCCAGUGUUCGACAAUGAGGACAUGGGGAAGUUGUUGGCUGAACUUCUGAGGAGCAAAAACCCGGAAGAUCUUCAGGAGGCGAACAGACUGAUCAAAAACAUGGUGAAGGAGGACGAGGCCCGAGUGCAGAAAAUGACCAAACGCAGCAAUACGCUGGAGGAAGUGAACAACAACGUCAAGCUCCUGAGCGAAAUGCUGAGUCACUACGACGGGAACCGAUCGUCAGACGCCGACCACGAGCUCAUCAAGGAGCUGUAUGAGCGCUGUGAUAAACUACGACGCACCGCAUUCAAACUGGCCACUGAGGCGGAGGACAACGACUCCAGUUUGGGGGACAUUCUCAAGGCAAACGAUGAUUUGUCCAGAGUAAUCAGCUCUUAUAAACGAAUCGUAGAAGGACAGGCGGAUGACGGCGAGGGUGAAGAUCUCAGACCGGCUGCUAGUGAAGGAUGCGAGACCACGGGCACAUUGAUUGAUCUGGCUAGACUGGAUGAACCUUCCUCUCCCCCGACCGUCCCUCCUCCUUCGCUUCCUCCUCAGGUCCCGUCAGCCAAUCCCACGGCCUCGCCCAUCCCCGUGCUACCGCCUCCUCCUUGCCGAUUGGCCGGCGGUCACGGCAGUCAGACGAGCAGCCCCAGUCACAAACCUCCUGAGCAGCAGACCUCUCUCUCCCUGCUGGACGAUGAACUCUUGUCUCUCGGACUGAAUGAUCCUCCCUCUGUGCCAAACAGACCGAAAUUGGAUGAACUGUCUGGUCAGUGGACGUCCUUACAGGCUCCUGAUCCGGGCCUGGACCUGUUUGGGAGCAUCUCGGCUCCGAGCGCCGUCUUUCCGACAACACACACAUCUGCGCAGACCUCACACACACCAGCUGUCAGUCAGGGGCUGCAGGAUCUCUCCAUGCUGGACUUUGGAGGUGGAAAGAGUGUUUCUGGUCUGACUGGCAUCGCUGGAGGUACUUUUGGUCUUUCUGGAGGUGUGAUGGGCUCCGCGGCCGCCCCUCUUCAGUCUACUAACCUGUUUGUGAGCGCAGCGGUGCCCGGUUCGCCCGCUGUGGCCCGGGCUCAGGCGGUGACAGGCGGCUCAGCUCCGGGCAGCCCUUUCUUUCUGCCUUUCUCAUCUCCGUCUCACUCGCUUCAGAGCAGCCCGGCGCGGAGCUCAGAGCCCAGCCUGUCCAACCUGUACGUCCCGCUCGAGUCCAUCCGACCCAGUAAAGUCUUACCUAUGACGGUGUAUGAUAAGGAUGGAGUCCGUGUUCUUAUGCACUUUGCGAUGGACUGUCCGCCGGGUCGACCGGACGUCCUGGUGAUGGUGGUGUCGUUGCUCAACACAGCGCCGUUACCCGUGCGAAACAUAGUGCUGCAAGCAGCCGUGCCCAAGUCUAUGCGAGUGAAGCUUCAGCCUCUAUCAGGUACAGAGAUCGCGCCCUUUAACCCCAUCCUGCCCCCCGCAUCCAUCACUCAGGUCAUGCUGCUCGCCAACCCACUCAAGGAGUGUGUGCGUUUGCGCUAUAAGCUGACGUAUCUUCUGGGAGAGCAUCAGUAUUCGGAGGUCGGAGAGCUGGAUCAGUUUCCUCCAGCGGACAGAUGGGGCUCCCUGUAGAUCUCACCGUUUACCUGCUCGAACUCUUUAAUGUUCAUUCCCAAACAGUUCUAGGUGUUCUCGCGCUCUUCACAACAAACAAGCAUUUGAACUUUGCUGUUUCUAUAGCUAGACGAUUCACUUCCCGCAAACUUCAGCUCUUGAAGUCAUGAAGCAUCAGAACGAAUGUAACGUACCUGUAGUCAAACGAGUUUAAACACGUAACGUCAGCGGAGCAUUAUGUUGUCUAUUUUGAGUUUUUAUCUGCCUGUGUUAAAGUUCAACACACUUUCUGGUUUUAUUUAUUGCUGCUACAGGAACGUUUGGACUCAAGUUUCAGCAUUACAAUCUGUCUCAGAUAGUCAACAGCCUUUAUUGACAAUAUUAGAUUUGUUUAUUUAAUUGUGGCAUAUUUACAUCGUGUUUUUACCUGCAGGUUAUGCGAAGAUCUUGAAGGAGGAUGAACUGCAUUUGAUUAUGAGUUCAUCAUAAGUCUGUCAGAUUGGAUGUGUGUUGUUAGUUAUGUGGAGGCAUCGGCGAUCAGUCCUAUAAGCGUUUCGCGUGAUUAGAUUCCUUUAAGCGCUGUAGCAGAGCAAGUGAGCAUUUUAAUUUAUCAGAUAAAGGCCUCGUGAUUUUGGUCCCAAACCAAUCUUAAUGUGUCUGAGAAGAGGACAGCUGCUCCUCUGAUGUGUGCAAACCAUAUAAUUCAUUACGAUCAUGUAUUAAGACUCUGACAACAGCGAUCGAGUGAAUCUUACACAAAAAAUAUGAAUAUUUCACCCAAACAAGCUAAAUUAAUAUUUGCAUUUUUUUUUUUUUGGCAUAUUGACAUUUAUUUGCAUGACAAUGAAACUAAUUGUAACUACCUUUUGAUUUUGGGGUGAAUUCAUGGUGAUUUUGAUGAGAUUCGUCUGAUGGACACCUGUAAUCUUGUGUGUUUGAACACAUUGGACUGUAUUUCUGGACAUCAUGAUGGAGCAUGCUGAUUCUGUCCGACGUGUUCCAGGAAGAUGAAGGUUUCAGGGCUUCAUUGUGCAUCUGCAUCAAAGUGUUUCGAGUAUUUCUGAGGAACCUCAUCAGUCUGUGUAUUAUUAUGAAUUAUUGUGUCUCUUUUUAAGAGCCAAAGCUUCAUCUGGUCUGAUGUUGAUGAUGGUUUAGGAGGACUCAUGAAAGUAUGUGGGACAAAUGUAGAUCUUCUUAAAAGUAAUUAUGGAUGACAAUGACAAUGAUGAUGCACUGCUCUGGUGUUUAAUAGCGAUUCCAUCAUGUGUAACGUUACUGCGCCAUUAAAGACUUUAUCAAAUG